GUUCUGGAAGUGUUGUGGUUUCAAACGUAACAGUUUUAACAGUGCAUUAUUGUAUGUUUCUUUUAUUUUUAACAAAGUUUGGUAUCAUGCCGCAACAAAUGAAUGUAUUACGCUGUUAUUCGUGUAAAAUGUAUCAGGUCCAUCUGAUUAAACAAGCAAAGAAAUGGCAAUGCAAAGUAUGUAAUCACAAGCAGAUUUUGAGACAGGUUUUCUUUAGAGGUUCAGGGAAAGAUUGUCGUAUAUGUGUUAAAAAAUUGAACAUGAUGAAAGAACAUGGGAAUGAAACAAAUGAAUUUUUUUACGGGGAUAACAACAUAAAUGAUAAUAAUUCUGCUGGCUGUUCUAAUCAGUCAAAUUCUGGGGGAAUUGAAAAUAAGUGGGCAAAGUAUUUAGAAACACCAGAAGAUACUGAAUGCAAUACAUCUAAAUUUGUAAAUAACGAAAGUAAUAGUAAUGAAAACAAUGAUGAAUCUAUGUACUCACAUAAUGAUGAUACAACAUAUGAAUGCUCACAAAAUGAUUAUGUGAAUACAAGCAUUAAUUACUAUUAUGAAAGUCAGUCUGAGCAAGAUCAUUGUGAUGAUAAACAUGAAUCUACUCAAAUUAAAAAGACUGAAACAUUUGAUGAUACGAAUAGCUCUGAUGGCGAUAGCCAGAUUUACAACAAAAGUGUCACUGACACCAAAUAUGCAAGAAACAUUUUUGAUGACAAUGAGGAUUUCGAUGUUGCUAUUGAUUUUUGAAUUCAUUAUAUAAAAAAGUUAUUGGAAACAUAGUUCCAUUUUUCUGUUGAAGAAAGGUAAUUAAUCUAAUAGAGUAAGGU